AUGGUUGCCUUUGAAGAGUGCCAAACUGGGUAUCUGGCUAAGUGCCUUAUGAGAACCACCUCCUACAAGUAUCGGAUGAUAAUUGUUCAGCCCCUCUUUGCAGAAGGCAAACUAAGGCUGGGAAAAGCCUACAGUCCCAAGAUAGCAUCCAUGUUCUCUGUUUUCCUGGGCCUCCCACGGUCCCUGCAGCUGCAGGCUCCCUCGGCUGCCCCACUGUUGGACCUGGUCAUUAGAGUAUGUCAGGCUGAAGCGGACCCUCAGGAAGUCACCCACCCAACUGCCUCUGAAGCCUGUGGUACCAGCAGCAGGUGCCGUUUUCAGGACCCGCCGUAUCAGAACGCAGACUCAGGCUCAGCCGCAGGCCCCAGAGCCCUGAGCUGCUACCGGACAUUUGGCGCCUGUUACGAAUGCUCCUGGGAGUAUGAGGGUCCCGCGGCUGGAGUCAGCCACUUCCUGAGGGUUAAAUACGACCCGCCGCCAGAAGACAUCCAAGUGUCACGCUCAGCAGGGCAGCUGCACUUGCAGUGGGAGACCCCCACCCGCCAGGAUGGCGCUGAGGUGCAGUUCCGGCGCCGGACGCCUGGCAGUUCGUGGAAGUUGGGUGACUGUGGACAUCAGGAUGAUGCUGGCUUUGAGUCCUGCCUUGGUCCGCUGGAGAGAAACUGGGCCCAGGAAUUCCAGCUGAGGCGCCGGCAGCUCGGGCCAGGUGCCCUGCAAGGUCCCUGGAGCGGCUGGAGCAGCCCCCUGUGUGUCCCCCCUGAACCGCCCCCACAGCCCGAGGUGUGGCUCUCGGUGAAGCCGCUGGGCCCGGACGGGAGGAGGCCAGUGACCCUGCGCUGGCAGCCGACCCGGCUCCAGCUCCCCGAAGGCUGCCGUGGGCCCGAGUCUGGCGCCGAGGUGACCUACGACCUCCACCUGCACAUGCUGUCCUGCCCGUGCAAGCCCCAGGCAACCAAGACCCUGCGCCUGAAGAGAGCCCUCAGCCUGUCGGGUGCUGCCUACAACCUGACCGUCGUCUCCCGGAAUCGCUUUGGCCCCGGCCCCAACCAGUCAUGGCACGUUCCUGCCCACACACCCCCAGAACCGGGACCUCUGAAUAUCAGUGCCGGAGCCCAUGGGACCACUAUGAGUUGGCCGGCCCGGACCCCGGGCCUCACAUACUGCAUUGAGUGGCAGCCCCAGGGCCAGGACGAGAGCCCUGCCAACUGCAACCUGACUGUGCCCCAGGACCGGGAUUCUUCUGGAACGGCCACCCUCCGCUGGAGCCGAGCUGCCGGGGCGCUGGGGCAGCGGGCCUGCUACCGCGUCACCGUCUCUUCCUCGGCUCAGCCCAGGAACCCCACCUCAUGGUCCACCGUCUUGUCCGCCUACCACUUCGGGGGCAACGCCUCCGAGGCUGGGAGCCCACAGCACGUUUCGGUGAAGGUGCUCAGCCCGGACUCGGUGUCAGUGGACUGGACGCCGUCCCUGCUGAGCCCCUGCCCUGGCGUCCUGCAGACGUACGUGGUGCAAUAUCGGGACGAGGACAGCAACCAGGUGACCGAGCUGCCCGUGAACCCCACAGAGACCCAGGUCACCCUCGUUGGCCUGCGGGCUGGCACAGCUUACAGCGUGCAGGUGCGAGCAGACACAGCGACACUGAGGGGCGCCUGGAGCCAGCCCCAGCGCUUCCGCAUAGACGUCCAGCUUCCGGAGCUGUCUGGUUUGUCCAUCUUCCUCGCCUCCCUGGGCAGCUUCCUGAGUGUCCUCCUCCUGGGCGUCCUUGGGUACUUCAGCCUGAACAGGGCCUUGCCACACCUGUGCCCGCCCCUGCCCACACCCUGCGCCAGCACCGCUGUUGAGUUUCCUGGCGGCCAGGGGAAGCAGGCCUGGCAGUGGAUCACCCCGGCAGACUUCCAGAAGGAGGAGGAAGAGUCCCUGAAGGAGGCCCUGGUGGUGACCAUGCCGUGCGGAAAAGGCGAGGUGGCUGACCCGCACGCACCCAGCCCGCUCCGGGGCCAGACAGAGCUGCCGUGGGGCACCCUUGAGCCAGCCCUAGACGCAGAGCUGUGCUUGGAGGACAGGAGACAGGGGCAAGGACACCCUGAGGCCGGGGUUCUGGAGCCCAGUGGGCAGGGCAGUCUGGAGGGCAGCUCUGCCCGGGCGGCCGGACGGUCCCUGCUCCUGGGAGAUCAAAUGCAGAGUCUCAGGUCUGACGGUCCCCGACAUACGGGCCUGGAGGCCUGAAGGGGAAAAGGGAAUGUCCACCUCACCUAUGGACAGCACAGAAAGACUGACGAUUGAAAUCACAGCAGCUAGUUAUUAAAUGCUUG